AAGACGAAGAGCUACCCACUAAAUCUUUCUAUUUGUUUAGCUCGACAAAUUAUUUUCAGGAGUGUAUAUGAUUUUUGCACCGCGGUUUCUAACUACAGUAAUGAAGAUGGACCAGUAACCGGCACAGAUUUUGUAGGCGUCGAGAUGUACGCCAAAUUGACCAGUUUUAUCGAAUCAUACGUGAAAGCUAGACUAGAGGGAGCAAGAGAUCUCCUUGGAGAAGACUUGUUGCGGUACUACACAACCCAGUGGUCGGAAUUCAGAUUUUCUUCGAAAGUUGUCGAUGGUAUCUUCUCUUACCUUAACAGACACUGGAUAAAACGGGAAUUAGAUGAGGGCAAUGGCAAUAUUUAUAUGAUAUAUACGCUGGCACUGGUGAUUUGGAAACGGAGUUUAUUCAUGGAAAGCAAGGAACGUGUCACCGACGCUGUGUUAGACCUGAUUAGGCGGGAGCGAAAUGGUGAAACGAUUUCUCGCAAGCUCAUACGAGACGUGACCGAUUGUUACGGUAUGUCAUCUUCGCCGUCCAAAAUGUUUCUCGGUUAUUCGGACCUGAGAAUGUUCCUCCACUCACGCUCUUGCGAUAAGGUGAGUUUCAAGGUUGAAAGAAGGUUAGAAGAUGAACGAGCUCGAUGUGAUAUGUAUCUCCAUAUGGCAACUCAAGAACCUCUUUCAAAAACAUGUGAAAAGGUUCUUAUUGAGGCCCAGUUGGAGCUGUUCCAGAAUGAAUUUGGUGCAUUGCUCGAGGCCAACAAAGACGAUGAUUUAGCCAGAAUGUACAAGCUAUGUGAGCGCGUGGAAGAUGGCCUAAACAAUUUGCGGUCGGCUCUGGAAAGUCACAUCACCAAGGAAGGGCUAGCCGCCAUUGCCAAAGUAGCAGACACUGCCUUUACGGAUGCCAAGCUGUAUGUCACCACAAUUCUCGCAGUGCACAACCGGUACUCAUCGCUCGUAGGGAACGCGUUCCAGAAUGAAUCCGGCUUCAUACAAGCCCUUGACAAGGCUGCAACGACAUUUAUCAACAAAAAUGAGGUCACUAGUCGCUCGCCAUCCCAGCAGAUGAGCAAAUCUCCGGAAUUGCUCGCGAAGUAUUGCGAUCAACUACUCAGGAAGAGCAGCAAAAUGCCUGAAGAAAGUGAGCUCGAGGAUAUGCUCACCCAAGUCAUGGUCGUUUUCAAAUACAUUGAAGACAAAGACGUUUUCUCUAAAUUCUACACAAAGAUGUUCAGUAAAAGGUUAAUAUCUGAAACGUCUGCUUCCGAGGAGGCAGAAGUUAGCCUCAUCAACAAGUUGAAGCAGAUGUGUGGAUUUGAGUACACAAAUCGGUUGUCCAAAAUGAUAAACGAUACCCAAAUCAGUAAGGACUCAUGUGCCGAGUUCCGUGACUACUUAGCCAACCGCAAUGUCGACUUGGGAAUAGACUUCAAUAUGCUUAUCUUGAGCUCUGGUUCAUGGCCAGCCCUACCAACUCUGAAAAUGCAUUUACCACAGAAGCUUAAUGUUGCAAUUGAGCAAUUCACUGCUUUUUACAACUCAAAGCACAGUGGCAGGAAAUUGACUUGGGUUCUGUCGCAAUCUCGAGGUGAAAUAUACGCAUUUGGCUUCGGAAAGAAAUACGUUUUCACGACCACAACAGCGCAAAUGGCAGUGCUUCUUCUUUUCAACGAUUCUGUGGAAUACUCUAUUGGAUCGCUUCUUUCAUCAUUAGGGAUGGACAAGAAGACACUUUCACAAGUAUUGGUAUCUCUUGUCAAGAAUGAUGUUUUGAAAAGCUCCGAAGGCUUGGACGCGUCUUCAGAGGCUAAGGAUAACGUUGUCAUAAGUCUCAAUCAAUCCUACUCGAACAAAAAGAUCAAGGUUGAUUUGUCGAAGAUGGUGAUGCGAACCGAUACGAAGCAGGAAACGGAAACUGUACAGAAGAACGUCGAUGAGGAUAGGAAGAGCGUUAUCAACGCGUGCAUCGUAAGGAUCAUGAAAACACGGAAAAGGAUCUCCCAUUCUCAGCUGAUGACCGAGGUAUUGCAGCAGUUAUCGGCGCGUUUCAAACCAAGCGUUGAAAUGGUGAAGCGUUGUAUUUCGCAGCUGAUAGAGAAGGAGUAUAUGCGUCGUGACGAGGCAGCCAGGGAGAUGUACGAGUACAUGGCAUAG